AUGGUUCUUGAACUUGCUUCAAAGAUAAGGACUUGCUUCCAUAGAUAUGAGUACAUGAAUGACUUUUUGUAUAUAGUAUACGGGUACAUGAAUGACUCUUUGUAUAUAGUAUACGAGUACAUGAAUGACUCUUUGUAUAUAGUAUACGAGUACAUGUAG